AUGACUCCCACGAAGAGAAAGUUGCGGUCGCGCGGGCCGCCCUCGGGGGCCGAGCCGCGGGGCCAGGGCUGCUGCGCCCCGCGCGCCGCCGCCUGGCCGGCCCGGCAGCCCUCGGGGCCGGCGCGGCGCCGCGGGCCCGCCCGCUUCAGCUCGGAGGCGCGGGGCAGGACGAGGCGCGAGGCCAGCACGAAGCCCAGCACCAGCCCGAGCAGCACGCUGAGCCAGGCGCGCCGGCCCCGCGCGGCCAUGUCCGCGCCGCCGCUCCCCGCAGCCGCCGGCCCCGCGCGCGCUCAGCUCGCCGCCGCCGCCGCCGCCCCCCGCCCGCCCGCGGAGGCCGGCCCCGCGCCCUAG